CAUCUCCCCGUGACCGCGUUACCAAAAGUCCGCGGACCCCGAUAAUACCACGGGUUCCGCCCCCCACCUUUCACAUUAAAACGCCGAUUUUCCUGGGAGCGUCGUAGCAGCCGUUCAGCCAAACGGGGAUGCUUUUAUUUUUGAGCGAGGCACCGACACAUUGCCAGGACAUCGCGAGUCAACUUGACGACCGUCCGCAUUUAUCUCCGCGACAGGGAGCCUGCGAGGCAACAACUUUCUCAGAUUGACACAGAAUGGAGAGGAGCUGACGCACCGUUAUUUACCGGACCGUCAACUUUCCUCCUUAAAACUUUCCUCAUGCCAUCACACCCCGCACGCUGUGCUAGACCGGGAAAAAAAGUCCUGAAAGAAAGUUUUUGACUCUCUGACCACCGAAGAGAAUUCGUUUUUACUGUUUUUUUUCCUCCUUUUUUCUUACUUCUGGACACUUUAGCCGCGUUAUUACGCACGAUGCGCAAAGGGAUGGCUCCUCUGCGGAAACACAGAACGGGAGUACACAAUGUUUUUUAUGUUUAUCUCUCAAUCUCAGUGGCUUAUUCCUACAAUAUAGACUUAGAACAUCCUUUGGUGUUCCGCGGACCAAAUUCUAGUUUUUUUGGCUAUUCUGUGCUGGAGCAUUAUCAUGACAACACACGCUGGGUGAUAGUAGGGGCACCAAAGGCAACCUCUUCUUACAGUAGCUAUGUGCACUCUCCCGGAGCAGUAUUUAAGUGUCGAGUUCACAGCAACCCAGACCGCCGCUGCACAGAGAUGGAUCUGGGAAGAGGAAACAAGGCGAGAGAGUCGUGUGGGAAGACCUGCCAAGGAGACAGGGAUGAUGAGUGGAUGGGCGUGAGCCUGGCCCGCCAGGAUAAAGCUAGCGGCAAAAUACUGGCUUGCGCUCAUCGCUGGAAAAACGUCUUCUACGAAGCAGAGCAUAUCCUUCCGCAUGGAUACUGCUCCAUCAUUCCUCCGAAUCUACAGGGGCAGACCAAACCUCUCAUCCCUUGCUACGAAGACUAUAAGCAGAAGUAUGGGGAAGAGCACGGCUCGUGCCAAGCUGGGAUAGCGGGAGUUUUUACGGAGGAACUGGUGGUGAUGGGGGCUCCGGGGUCGUACUACUGGACUGGGACCAUCAAGGUCUACAACCUGACUUCUGAUUCGCUCUACAGUCUGAACAAGGAAGACGUCGACUCCCACAGAUACAGCUACCUAGGCUACGCUGUGACCGCGGGACACUUCUCCUCCCCCAAUGUAAUAGACAUCGCUGCAGGGGCGCCUCAGCACAGCGGCAGUGGAAAAGUUUACAUUUUCAAAAUCGAUGGCGUGUCUCUGGUGAAGAGUUUUCAAGCCUCAGGGAAAAUGAUGGGCUCUUACUUUGGCUCCUCAUUGUGUGCAGUUGAUCUGAACCAGGACGGCCUGUCGGACCUGCUGGUGGGGGCACCCAUGCACAGCCAGCUGAGAGAUGAGGGCCAGGUGUCUGUGUACCUCAGCAAGGGCAAUGGGGUAAUGGAAGAGGACGGUAUUUUGACUGGUGACAAUGCUUUCAAUGCACACUUUGGAGAGUGCAUUGCAGCAAUCGGAGACAUAGAUGACGAUGGUUAUCAAGAUGUAGCCAUAGGAGCGCCUAAAGAGGACGACUAUGGAGGAGCUGUCUACAUCUACCACGGGGAUGAAGCAGGAAUCACGAAAAAAUACUCCAUGAAACUGUCUGGGCGCAGUGUAAACCCUGGUCUGCAGAUGUUUGGCCAGUCCAUCUCUGGCAAUGUGGACAUGGAUGGCAAUGGAUACGCAGACGUCACCAUCGGAGCUUUCAUGUCAGACAGCGUUGUGCUGCUUAGGUCCCGGCCUGUCAUUACGGUGGAUGUGUCCAUCUUCUUGCCCGUCUCCAUCAACAUCUCCGUGCCGCAGUGCCACGAGGGCCACCAGAACAUAAACUGCUUCAACGUCACUGUCUGCCUGCGCUUCCGGGGAAGACAGCUUCCUGGCCAAAUAGAGUUGCUCUACAACCUGACGGCCGACGCGGACAAGCGGCAGAAGAGCCAGCCGUCCCGGGUCUACUUCACUCAGAGCGGGUCUCAGAUCAGCCAGAUGAGCCAGCAGCUCAGCCUGGACAUCAACAGAGAGGAGUGCCAGCGCUACACCGCUUACGUCAAGAAAGACGUGAAGGAGGUGUUCACGGCCAUCACCUUCGAGGUGGCUUACAGCCUGGGGAAGCACGUGGUGUCGGGACCCCAGGACCGAGACCUGCCAUCGCUCACGCCGGUGCUGCGGUGGAGAAAAGGAAACAAGAUGGCAGUGAAGAAUGAGACUUGGUUUGAGAAGAACUGCCUGUCAGACGACUGCGCUGCAGACCUGAGGCUUCGUGGAAAGCUGCUCCUCUCCGGACUGUACAGCAAACCGCAUCUUGCCCUCGGAGGAGUGAAGAACGUGUCUUUGAACCUGACCAUCUCCAAUGCCGGCGACGACGCCUACGACACCAACAUCUACUUGAACUUCUCCAGAGAGGUUUUCUACAUCAACUUCUGGCAGAAGGAAGAGAAGGGCAUUUCCUGUGAGCUCGUGGAUUUGGACUUCCUCAAAUGCAGAGUGGGAUUUCCCUUCAUGAGAGCACAGACUAAGUAUCAUUUUGCUGUGAUUUUUGACACAAGUCAGGUCUCUGGGGAAAACGACACACUGCAGUUCUUCGUUCAGGCUAAAAGCGCCAAUCCCGAGCACAGUCUCUCCGACAACACCUUAGAUCUUUCCAUCCCUCUGAUUCACGAGACCGACACCACUAUCACUGGUGUGGUGACACCGACCUCCUUCGUGUAUGGAAACACCAUCGACAGCUCGCGGUUUGUCCAGUUGGAAGACAUGGAGUGCGACUUCCAGCCUCUCAAUCUCACGUUCCAGGCCAUAAACAAGGGCCCCAGCAGGCUGCCUGGCUCUACUGUGGACAUCAGGAUACCCAACCGGCUCGCUGGCAGUGGAGCUGACAUGUUCCACAUAAUUGAAACACAGGUGGCCGAUGGUCGGGGUAACUGCACACCUCAUAGGAACCCGACACCGUGCACCAUCCCCCAGGACAAAGAGAGCAUAUUCCAGUCCAUAUUUGUCUUCUUCACCAAAUCAGGCCGCAAAGUUUUGGACUGUGACCGGCCCGGAAGAGCAUGCAUGACAAUCUCCUGCUAUUUGGGACCACAGUUAAAAGAUGAAGCUUUGAGCAUAGAUGUAAAACUUUUACUCAACACUGAAAUCCUUAAGAGGGAUAGCUCCUCGGUGAUCCAGUUUGUGACCAGGGGCAGCGUCCAAGUAAAUGACAGGGCGGUGGAGGUGCCGAAUGGCCUGCCAGAGGACAAUUCUCUGGUGUUCGAGGCGCUCCACAACCAGGAGCCCAGGGGUUACGUAGUCGGCUGGAUCAUCGCCAUCAGUCUGCUGGUGGGAAUCCUCAUCUUUUUGCUGUUAGCUGUGCUACUCUGGAAGAUGGGAUUCUUCCGUCGCCGCUACAGAGAGAUCAUAGAGGCGGAAAAGAACAGGAAGGACAGUGAUGAAAGCUGGGACUGGAUGGAAAAGAACCACUGAGACUUGCAGUGGGGGUCCCGGAGGAGCCAGUGAGAUUAGGGAUUGGGUCGGGAAGGAUCCAAUAGCACGGGGUCUCGCAGCCCAGCCGCCCCAGUGGCACCAGGCCCUUCAGUCUUCCAUAUGUGGAAGAGAAGAAUAUUCUCCAUAUUUUUUGGAGACCUGAUAUUUUUUUUGUGGGUGGGGGGUCCAGGAAACAGGCUUCUGAGGUGACAGUGUGGCUUGCCAGAGGACACUUGCUGUGGAAUUCAGCUAAUCUCAAAGGAGGUAACUCCCAGCCAGCAGAGCGGAGCUGUUGAUGGAGACCCACAUCCGUACGGGGAUGUGGAGACGGCAUGAAUACUGGUGGACAACAAAACCCUCAGGGCUGUGUUACAUAGCAAAUUUAUUUUUAUACAUACACUUUAAGCCAUAUUGUAUAAAACUGAGCUUCGAGAAGAGUUGGGGUUUUGAAGGCCAUUAUAAACACACUGUCUCUGCAGUAUGUUUUCCUUAAAGCACUGAUGUUUGAUAAGAAUGAAUGACUUGGCUCCAUUGCUUUACUUUUUGUGCCAAAGAUAUGUCCCAUAUAGUAAAAGAUUGGAGUCGUGCAUUCACUUCAUCCCAAUUGCUGGGAGUGAAAGAAGAUUGUAUCUUUUCCGUUCUAUUUCCGGCUCAUAAAUAUCUCUUUUACACAUCCUUUCCUCCCACAGAUAAUCAGCUUAUUCUGUGCUAUGUUCAAAAUGCACUGGCCCCGUGCCAUCCACUAAUCAUUAGAGCUGCCCCAAAAGCCCUGAAGACUUAGUGGAAGGGCUUUCCGAGGUUAUUGGGACCCUCUAUAUAGAAUGUGGUAAUCAGCAGCACUGUAGAGUUCUCUGUUAAAACUUUAUUUGCCAUAGUUCCCUCAUUAUCCACCCCCUUAAAUGCAGAAGAUGGGAUGGAAAUUACAUGAUGAAGCAGAUAUACACAGUUCAAGCUUUGUGACUUUCCAUGUUCCAUGUUUUCAGGUGUGAUGAGUUACACUUUUCAACAGAUUCAAAUUUUAGUCUUUACUCUUUGCGAUGUUAUGAAUUAACAAAUGCUUUGAAUAGUGCGAGUAGAGCAGAUUAUCUGAAGCUGCUUUUUGCAAAGAACCAAUUGCUCAGGUAUGCAGCAGUCUUUUAAGACGGACCCCCGAACUGUUCCAAGUGUUGUAAAUUCUCGCUGAAACACGUGAAUGCAUAAUAAUCCCCCUCGUGUCUUGAUAUAAGACCUGGACACAAUUUAUUUCAAAAACCUUUUUACUUCACCUAAGCCGAUCAUAUUUAAUUUUACUGUCAUGUUAUUAGUAGGCUUUUUUUUUAGGUUUUAGUGUGAAAAAUGAGAUACAUUAGUCUCCACGGCUAGAUGAAAGUUAAUGCGAUGCGAGUCUACCUGCAGUCGUUUACAGGGGGCCCGCGCUAGCAUGAGUAAUGCCCUAAAAAUAGGUGGGAAUGUGCUGCACUCAAUCACUAUGCAUAAACGAGCUCUUUGGGGCUCGAGGGAAAAGCUAAUUUUGAGUCAAUAUGGAGGAAUGUCAGUGCCCUGAAAAUCUGCCACCAUUCAAGCCCACAGCUCCACACUGCUAAAUCUUGUUACCCCCUGUGUUGUUAUUACUUUUUUUUUUUUAAAUGCCUGAUUGUGAAUUGAAAACACGGUGGAUUACAGUUUCUAUUAAAGAUCCCCAAAUAAGUAAGAAAGUUUUGUACAUCUGAAGACCUUUUCUUGCAACAUAACAUUAAUGAAAGUAUGCUUCAAAUUAAAAAAAAAAGAAGUGACAAUUAGAUGAUAGUUAAUUGUAUUAAAGUAAAUUUAUAUUACAAAAGGAUGAAACUUUUUUUUUGUCAUCAGUCGGAUUUAAACGUGCAAUGUCAAAGAAAAAAACUGUAUUUUUAAUGUGUUAGAAAGGCUUCAAGUCACUUUAUGGAUCCCUACGGUUGCUCCCACUCUGUGUUGUGCUGUAUGAAUCUUUUGAUACCAUUUAAUUCCACUGGCAUUACAGCAUAUACUGUACACAUCCAUGUCUUCCCUCUAUACAUGUAUGCAGAGAAACCGACACUUGACUUGUUUUUUUUUUUUUGUAAAGUGUAACUGUGAUUAUCAGAUUUAAAUUCUAUGUUUGUUGCCACCGUUAAUCACACCGUUACUUGGGGUUUUGUUCUGAGUAUACUACUGUCACUGAAUAUCAUUUCCAUUAUAGUGUGCUGUAUGGUUGAUGUUUAAAGUCCUGUUCGAGGUAUAUAUUUAUCUGUUGAUAAAUUUUAGGAUGAAA